UAUAACGGAGUAAACAAAGUAUAAUAUAUUAACACUCGUCAAUGGUUAAUUUCGUAUUGUUUUCGUAUUAUAAAUAUAAUAUAAAAUGAAUUCAAAGAAGGGUAAGCGUAAUUUAGGUAAUAAGCAUUUUCCAAUAGCCGAGUCUGUGAGUAUAGCCCUGAAGAUACAGUUGGAUAAGUUUUUAAACGAUGAAAAUGAAACAGAACUUCAGUUUCCAACUUUUCUGUCAGCCCAAGAACGAGGAUUCAUUCACGAGACUGUCGCCAAGUUGGGCUUGAAGUCUAAAUCACGCGGGAAAGGUGUGAACCGAUUCUUAACUAUUUAUAAGCGAGUGGGGUCAACUAUUAUCCAAAAUGAUGCUAAGCUCAUACUCGACUCUAAUAUGCGAUGCGCUAUCAAGGAUGUCUUCAAUGCAUUUCCAAUUACAACCAAAGAAAAGGAAGACUUGUCCUUGUCUCCUGAAAAAGAAAGGGCUCCUCAACUUAUUCAUAAAACACUUGGACAAUUAAAUAAUGGUGUGGCACAGAUACCAAAUACAACAUAUAAUCCAGAUUUACUAAAGUUCAGGGAAAAGUUGCCAGUAUAUGAGCAAAGACAGGAAUUACUCAAUGCAAUUUUACAUAAUCAGGUAAUAAUUGUAGCGGGUGCAACAGGAUGCGGCAAGACUACACAACUCCCACAGCUGGUGCUAGACUACUGUCAAGAACAGAAGCAGCCAGCCAGAAUAUAUUGCACGCAGCCUAGAAGAAUUUCAGCAGUUUCAGUGGCUGAGAGGGUGGCUCAUGAAAGAAUGGAGAAAAUAGGCCAGUCAAUUGGUUACCAGAUUAGAUUGGAGUCUCGUGUAAGUCCCCGGACUGUACUUACAUACUGUACCAAUGGUGUGCUGCUGCGGACUCUGAUGGGUGGAGAUACUGCUCUUACUGGCGUGACGCACGUGCUGGUGGACGAGGUGCACGAGCGCGACAAGUUCAGUGACUUCCUGCUGGUGGCGUUACGAGACGCGCUCGGACGACUCAAGGACCUCAAACUGGUGCUCAUGUCUGCCACUAUGGACACGCAGAUUUUCUCCAGAUAUUUCAACAAUUGUCCCGUGGUAACGAUACCCGGCCGGCUCCACGAAGUCCAGCGUUAUUACCUUGAGGAUAUCCUGAAGAUGACAAAGUACACAAACAAAAAGAUGCUUCAUGUUGAAAGGGAACUGAAAGCUAAACUCAUCAGCGGACAGAGUUAUUGGUCGCAUCUUGAAGGUCAAAAACAAAAUUUAGAAGAGUCCAAUAAGGAAGAAAAAGAAGUUAUCGAUCCAGCUCUUCAGGCCGACAUGGACGAAUUCUUAGAUGAAUGUUUUAAUGAAGGCAGCUUGGACUCGUUCAGCCAGUUGCUGUACAUGUUCAUGUCGGAGGGCGUGCCCGCGUCGCUGGCGCACUCGCGCUGCGGGCGGUCGGCGCUGGCGGGCGCCGCGCGCUACGGGCACCGCGACGUCGCGCAACAGCUGCUGCGCAUCGGUGCCGAUCCGACGCUGAAAGACAAGAGCGGGAAGACGCCGUACGACCAUGCCGUCGAAAAUGGCCACACGGAGUGUGCCAAGCUUCUGGCGACCUUCGACCGCUCGAAGGAGGUCAGGAGUGAUCAGGAGGAGGACACCUCGGCCGACGACUUCCUAUUGGACGUCUACAACCACGCCUUCUCGGAGGAGCUGAUCGAUCACGACCUUAUGCUCGCGCUGGUCCGACACAUUCACAUGAACAUGCCCAAGGGGAGCAUUCUAAUAUUUCUGCCAGGGUACGACGACAUCGUCACCCUGAGAGACUUGAUCCAAGGCUGUACGGAAAUGAACGUAAUGAAGUACCAGAUUUUCACAUUGCAUAGCAAUAUGCAAACGAUGGACCAAAAGAAGGUGUUCAAUCCUUUGCCAAAUGCGAGGAAGAUAAUUAUUUCGACCAACAUCGCGGAGACGUCCAUCACGAUCGACGAUGUGGUCUACGUCGUAGACUCCUGCAAGGUAAAAGAAAAGUAUUACGAGUCGAACGGAGGAGUCUGCUCGUUGCAGUGCGUGUGGACCUCGCGGGCCUGCUGCCAGCAGCGCGCGGGCCGCGCCGGCAGAACCAAGCCCGGACAUUGCUUCCACAUGUGCUCCAAGCGGAGGUUCAAAACUCUACCUCUCAACUCCGUACCAGAAAUACUGAGAGUUCCACUGCAAGAGUUGUGCCUUCAUACUAAACUGUUAGCCCCGGGCAACACACCGAUAGCGGAUUUCUUAGCGAAAGCUCUAGAACCACCGUCGUUUCUGGCCGUCCGCAAUGCCGUCACUUUACUCAAAACGAUCGGAGCUUUGACCUCGAUGGAAGAUCUAACGGAGGUCGGUCAACAUUUGCUGGAUCUCACAGUCGAACCAAAAUUGGGCAAAAUGCUGCUCUACGCGUGCGUCAUGAAGUGUCUCGACCCUAUCUUGACUAUCGUAUGUAGUUUAGCCAACAAGGAACCGUUCCAAAUAUCGAUGAAUCCUGAAAAUAGGAAAAAGGGUAGCUUAGCUAGGAAGGAAUUCGCCGCUGACUGCUACUCUGACCACAUGGCGUUGCUCAGGGCCUUCCAAGCCUGGCAGGCAGCCAGAGCCAAUGGCACAGAGAAGGCUUUCUGUGCUAAGUAUUUAAUUUGCGGUGCAACUAUGGAAAUGAUUGUGGGCUUCCGAUCUCAAUUAUUGGCCCAACUUAGGGCUUUAUGCCUCGUUAAAGCGAGAGGCUCCGGUGAUAUAAAGGAUGUGAAUAUAAAUUCUGAAAAGUGGCACGUUGUGAAAGCAGUCUUGGUGAGUGGCCUUUACCCCUCUAUAGCGAGGGUAGACAGGGACUCGUGUACUCUGAGGACUUCCAAAGAAGUAAAAGUAGCCUUCCAUCCAAGUUCUACCUUAAACCGCGGAGCUGGCGUCACAGGGACGCAAAAGUCGAUCCAUAAUCUACCGACUGAUUGGGUUGUUUUUGAGGAAAUAUCGCGCGUUGGACGGUUUUGUUUCAUUCGGUGCAAUACUUUAGUAACUCCACUGACUGUUGCUCUGUUCGGAGGGCCAUUAAGACUUAAGAAUGGGGCGUUUACUCAGAGAGCGAACCCUCCAGGCUUAUCGAGCGAUUCCGAUAGUGAAGCAGACGAAAACAACUCUUCACCGGACACGGCAGUUUUGACCCUCGACGACUGGAUGGCGUUCACCGCCGACGCAUCCGAUGCCAUCAGCGUCUUCUAUUUGCGGCAAAAGCUAAGCGCUCUAGUGCUCCGUCGUAUGUCGAAUCCCGCCAAACCUAUGAGUCCAUUGGAUGAACAAAUUUUAAAUACAGUGGUGCAGGUCAUCGGCGCCGAAGAGAAAAAUAUAGGAUUGAUUCAACCGAGCGGCAUCGGACAGAGACCUAAGCCUUUGACGGUAGAUUCUCCAAAUUGGCGCAUGCGCGUCGACGAGGAGCAGUACCGGCACGAGAACAAAUACCACCCUCAGUACAGCCAAAACGACUACGGGAAUAAUUACUACCAGAGCUACGGGUACAGGAACGGUCAGAGGCCGGGAUGGAGGAACGACGGCAUGCCGCAAGGGUUCUCGCCGCAAUCCUUCAGCGGCCCGAAGAGCCCCAUAUCCGCCAGCGGGAAGCUGCUGCUGGCGAACAUCGAGAAGUACGCGGAGGCCAGCGACGGCAGCGUGCGCUACUUCGUGGUGCGCGCCGACGACGUGCCGGCCGUGGACGCCGCGCAGGCCGCCGCCGCCUUCCCCUUCGCGCACGCCACCGCCAAGAAACUGCAGAAAGCGCAGCAGGAGGGUCAUCGCGUGGUGGUGCUAUUCUCCGUGGCCAGCGCCUCAAAGUUCGUGGGGGCGGCCACGCUGACGGACUCCGGCGCGCUGGACUGGCUCAGCGGACAGCACGCUCCGUACCACACGCUACGACACAUAGCGAACUCCCUGACGGGCGGCAGUCGCGUGGCGGGAGCGCGGGACGGCACGGAGCUGUGCGGCGCGGCGGGCCGCGCACUGCUGGCCGCGCUCACGGCGCGCCGGCGGCACGCGCACGGGCAGCACCCGCAGCACCCGCAGCACCCGCAGCACCCGCAGCACCCGCAGCACCCGCAGCACCCGCAGCACCCGCAGCACCCGCAGCACGCGCACCCGCACCAGCCGAGGCCCAUUCAGAAGCACUCCGGUGACCUAUAGCGGCGCAACCGGUACAGGAAAGCUUAAAUCUCUUUCUUCUAGUUUUCGCUUUUAAACUGUAAAAGCAUCCCAAAACGGUUACGACCGGCAUUAACUUGAAAAUGACUGAGAUUCGGUGACGCGUCUGCCGGCUCGGCGACGUACGCCCUCCGACGCGUCAUUAUACAUUAUGUAAUUUUUAAGAAUAUGCCCUGAAUUACUAAGUAUUUACUCAGCCACAAAUUUUACUGUAUACCUAAUGUAUAAUUAAAAUAAUCGUCUCCACAGCAAUAUAUGUGCUACUCUACUAUGUUAUAUCAAAGUAUUUCUGUAAAACGGUUGUUCACACGACCACACAAGUAACUGUGUAUAAAUAUUAAACAAACCAAGCUUCGGUAUUCCUAGUUAUAGCUUAGUAAUACUAAUAAUUGUUUGUUUAUAUUUAUAUUAAUUGGUUAAGCGUAAGGACUAGCCGCUAGAUGGUAUGCGCACUAGCCGCACCAACUGCACUAGCCGCACCAAUUGCACUAGUUAAAGAUUUUAGAAAUUAUUCGUUAUGGUGCUCGUGGCAAUGAAGCAAUUACU